AUGACUGUCCUCUCUUCGUACCAGGCCAGAGCUGAUGCUCACACAUCGCCAGUGGCACGCCGCCUUUUGGAGCUCAUGGAGUCCAAAAAGACGAAUCUGUGCGCCUCCGUGGAUCUGACAACUACAGCCGAGAUCCUGGCACUUGUGGACUCGUUGGGUCCAUAUAUUUGCCUUCUCAAAACCCAUGUUGAUGUCAUUGAGGACUUCACUUAUGAUGGAUUUGUUCUCCCACUUCUUGCACUGGCCAAGAAACACAACUUCAUGAUUUUUGAGGACAGGAAGUUUGCAGACAUUGGAAACACCGUCAAAUUGCAGUAUAAAGGUGGUGUCUACAAGAUCGCGCAAUGGGCUGACAUUACCAACGCUCAUUCUGUUCCAGGUGCUGGAAUCAUAAAGGGAUUGAAAGAGGCUGCUCAGGAAACGACGUCAGAGCCACGUGGUUUGCUGAUGUUAGCCGAACUGUCUUCAAAGGGAUCUUUGGCCAAAGGCGAGUACACCACUCAGACUGUUGAUCUUGCUAGAACGGAUAAGGAGUUCGUGAUUGGCUUCAUUGCCCAGAAUGAUAUGGGAGGGAGAGAUGAAGGUUUUGAUUGGUUAAUCAUGACCCCAGGUGUUGGACUGGAUGACAAGGGCGAUGCUCUGGGCCAGCAAUACCGAACCGUUGACGAGGUUUUCAAGACUGGUACCGACCUGAUCAUUGUAGGCAGAGGAUUGUUCGGAAAGGGAAGAGACCCAAAGGUGGAAGGAGAAAGAUACAGAAGUGCCGGGUGGGCUGCGUAUCAGAAGGUGUUGGCCCAGCAAUGA